CGGCAUUUAGUGCAUUUAGUGCGCUCCGGUGUAUUCCCGCCAAAUGCUUCAGAAGGAGGCAACCGGCCGUUAGAUUUAUAUCAGGAGACUGGUGAAAGAUGGUCACUAGAAACAAAAUGCAUCAUCAUUUGAAAUAUAUACCAGUAUUCAUGUGUUUCUUUUUUAGUUGCUUGUCAGUGUCUGUAGCUGUCACUACGGAGGAAGUGUACGAAAAGCAAAAAUUGUGUGAAGCGGAAGUGAUGAAGCUAGAAACAGAAUUGGAAGAGGCAAUUGGCAAGUUAACAAAUCCGACUCCGGAGGAAAUUGAAGAGGUGACGAAUAACUUUCAUUCCACGACACCUGCAGCAUGCGAGUUCACAGAUGAGGAGAAGAAAGAAAUGUGUAAUGUGAUAAAGUUGGUGAGAGAAGAGAAAGUGCAAGAGGUUCUGAGCCAACAAUAUACAAACCCAACAGAAGAUCAGAUCAAGGAAGUAAGGGAGAACAUGGAAAAGCAGAUUUCUGCAGAAGAAUGCGACUCUAACAACACAUUAACAGUGAGUUAA